CACGUGCCAGAGAUCGUGGGUGAACGUUCGAGAAGGAUUCACAUCGAAACGCGACAACCGCGCGAUACGCUUUCCGACGCUGGAACGACGUUCCUCUGCCUUCGGCGACAUUCCGGACCCCAUGGCCGUUCGUGCCUGUGCGUUGUUGCGAUGGCAUCGCGUUUGGCCCGAUCGGACAGUUUGCAAACGCACAUGGCGACGGCGAACCGUGCGCUCGCCCCUUGUAGCCCCCGAUGGCAACCGUCUAGCCCAUGGCGAUGCGCGUGGUUUCGCCGGCCAAAAGCCACUGCACCACGUCAUGGAUGAACAAUGAUUGGCUGGCGCAUUGGCUACGCAGUUGACGCAAGCACUGUCCCCUCCAGCCAUGGUAGCCACGAUCCGCAAGCCCGCGCCCGCGUUCACCGCGCCGGCCGUCGUCAACGGCGAGUUUGAAGACGUGAGCUUGUCCGAUUUCAAGGGCAAGUACGUCGUGCUGUUCUUUUACCCGCUCGACUUUACGUUUGUGUGCCCGACGGAAAUCAUUGCGUUUUCGGACCGGAUCGCCGAGUUCCAGAAGCUCGACACGGUCGUGCUGGCGGCGUCGUGCGAUUCCAAGUUUUCGCACUUGGCUUGGAUCAAUCACCCGCGCAACGACGGCGGCCUCGGCCCGAUGAACAUUCCCGUGAUUUCCGACAUCACGAAAAAGAUUGCGCGCGACUACGGCGUCUUGAUCGAGGACGGCGACGACGAAGGCGUGCCGCUCCGCGGUCUCUUUAUCAUCGACCCCAAGGGCAUCUUGCGCCAGAUCACGAUCAACGACUUGCCCGUGGGCCGCAACGUGGACGAAACCCUGCGCCUCGUGCAAGCGUUCCAGUACACGGACGAGCACGGCGAAGUGUGCCCGGCAGGGUGGACGCCCGGCGCCGCCACCAUGGUCGCCAACCCCACCGACUCGAAGGCGUACUUUAGCUCGCAAAACAAGCGCAAGGCCCAUUGA